AUGACUAGUAAAGAUGGUAAGGGACUGAUAACGCCGUCAAAGGGUUCUGCUGGUUCAAAAGGAUCAGCUACCCCAUCAGCAUCAGACGCUAAUAAAUCAAAUCAACCUAAUAAUGAAACUACAACUUCAACAGAAACUUCAGAAUCCAAUAAAGACUCCACAACACAAUCUCAAACUCAAACACAACAAGCUUCACCGGAUCCAAAAGCUAGUAUAGAGAAAUAUAAUCAGCUUAAAAAUCAAUUAACUCAAGAGAUUCUUAAAAAGCAAGAAUUAACAGCUAAAUUAUCGAAUCUUGAAGAUAUAAUAUAUGAAAAGGAAAAUGAAUACUUUGACGAAAGUAUAUAUGGAUCGAUUGUGAAAGGAUUUGAGAAUUUCACUAAAGCCAGUGGAGGGGGACAAAAUAAUCAAAAUUCAGGUGGAGGAGGAAGUAGUAGUGGAGGUGGUGGAUCUUAUGGAGGUAAUAAUAGUAAUAAACGUCGUAUGCAAUAUUCUGAUGAUGAUCAUAUUUUCAGUUUAAGUUCAGUAAGUUUCAUUAGGAAUUUAAUGAAAAAGCAAGGUAUUUCCCUUAAUGGCAUAAAUGGUAUUCAUUCAUCAACCCCAUCUUCAGCCGGUGGUAGUAAUAAUGGUAAUGGAAGUAAUUCAAAUAGUUCAAAUUCAAACAGUACUAGUAAUUCGAAAGAAGAUUUCGAUGAUUAUGAAGAUUCAAUCGAACCUACCAAUCAUACUUCUAAUUCAAACUCCAAUAGUCAUGGUAAUAGUAAUAGUUCUAAUAAUAACAGUAAUAAUAAUGGAAGUUUUAAUAAUGGUUCAUCCAAGAAUGAUAGAGAAGGUUCAAGUAAUGUAAGUACUCCUAGUAGGAAACGUAAGGCUAGAAUUUUAGAUGAUUAA